AUGGCUUUUCAAGGUUCACCAGCAUUGACAACGGCAUCAGGAAAAUGCGUUCUGACUACGGCGACGGAGACGGGAGGAGGAAGACUGGCUGUCACUGAGGUGCCAGAACUAGCUGCCAUUACCGUAACCUCACGUAUUCCGGAAUUUUGGACAAAUAUGCCAAGGCUAUGGUUCAAUCAAUUUGAAUGUGUUAUGGCUCAGCAAAAGCAAGGAGAUGAAAGCAAAUAUAAUCUUGUGGUUUCGAAAUUGGAUAUGGAUGUUCUGCAGCAGGUUAGCGAUAUACUCCGCGACCCUCCUGCUCAAGACAAAUAUUCGACCCUGAAGCAGCGAUUGAUAAGCGUCUAUGAAGAAUCGGCUGAACAACAAUUUCGCAAAUUAGUGAGUGAGAUAGAACUGGGAAGCCAGAAGCCUUCUCAGCUGCUCAGAAAAAUGGCAGACUUAGGCCGGAAUCCAGAAAUUUCGGGACAAGCGCUAUGCAACUUAUGGCUAGCGAAGCUUCCAGCGGCAGUUAGAGCAGGUUUAGCCGUUACGCAAGAGAAAGACCUGGAGAAAUUGGCCACGAUUGCAGAUAAGAUAGUCGAAAACCUCAAUGCGAAUACCAUUGCAGCUGUAUGUUCAGAUUCUGUUCCGUCAGCACCGUCCUGCAGCAACCAAGUUUACGCGGUAGGCGACCUCCUGACGCAGAUCAACAAAUUGUCUUUAGAAGUGGCGUCACUGAAAAAUGAGAUCGAGGUCCAAGGCCACAGAAGAAACAGUUUUCGAGGACGAGGACGCGGCCGGUGGAAUGCACGCUCAAGAUCAAGAUCCAGAGACGGACAUAAGAAGAUGAAUGCAGAAGACCCAAAUUGGUUAUGCAAGUAUCACUUUCGGUAUCGUACACGGGCACGUAACUGUGAGAAACCAUGCGCCUGGAUUAAAAAGAAGGAAAACUAA